AUGAAGAUUGACGGCGCGAAGCAAACUUUCCAUUAUUAUUCCCAUGUUCGGAGCAAUCAAGAUACAUUCAAGCCUGCAGCAGGGGAAACUGGGUUUGACACACAAGAGACCAAGCUACCAACCUACUGGAAUACGUCAUUUACCGAGAUCUGUCUCGACAUGAAGAUCCCUGGUGAGGAAACCGCGAAUUUUAUCACCCUUGACCAGAGUGCUGACUCGCUGUACUCACUAAUCGCUGACGGGCAAUGCCGCUCUACAUCAGUGGGUCGUGACACGUGGAAGAGUCUGCUUGGUUCCCAAGGCUCCUUGCAGCGCAACUGCAACAUAGAGGGGUUCAAUGCAGUAAGUGGCUCACCAAAUAAUCCCAAGGCAAGAAUCGGUAUCAUUGUUAACAACGAAGAUUAUGAAUACAACAGCUGCGAUUCCAGAAUCGGGUUCGGCACAGGGGGUCUCCUGAUCACUCCAACACGUGUGGCAUUGCCACGCAAGGCGCACCAGAUAAUGGAGACAAGCACAUCAAAGUCAUGGGAUAUAUAUUGA